CACAGGGUGAGCUGCUUGACUUUCACAGCUCUUCUGCACUGAGGUUCAGCCUUGUCUGGAGCCUGGAGGAAUGGAGCCAGCCUUCUACUAAGACCUCUGAAACUGCCUUCUCUUUCCAGAACUGGGAGACAAGUGCUACUCUGCAAAUGGCCAGGAUGGUGAGAAUCAACUCUUAUUUCUCCUUGGGGAGGUUGAUAGGAGUUUAAAAAGGUUUGUUGUGGCGAGUGUCAAAAACAUUCCCAGCUCUAUCACCAAGACUUCCCUUCCACUUCUACCCACUGGAGACCACUUAGAUAACCAACCUGACAGGACAGCUGAAUUCAGGAAACCAUGCAUCCUAUCAGCAGGAGUCAACUGAAGACCUUAAACUCUGUUCAACAUGUGGAUACAGCAGAGAAAUGACCUGUCCAGACAAGCCAGGGCAACUCAUAAACUGGUUCAUCUGCUCCCUGUGCGUCCCGAGGGUGCGUAAACUCUGGAGCAGCCGGCGUCCCAGGACCAGGAGGAACCUCCUGCUGGGCACUGCCUGUGCCAUCUACCUGGGUUUCCUGGUAAGCCAGGUGGGGCGAGCCUCAAUCCAGCACGGACAAGCAGCUGACAAGAGGCCAUCCCGGAGCCGUGACUCUGCAGAGGCACCCUUUCCCGAGAUCCCCCUGGAUGGUACCCUGGCUCCUCCCGAGUCCCAGGGCAAUGGGACCACCCUGCAGCCCAAUGUGGUGUACAUUACCCUACGCUCCAAGCGCAGUAAGCCUGCCAAUAUCCGUGGCACUGUGAAACCCAAGCGCAGGAAGAAAUAUGCAGUUGCAUCUGCCAUCCCUGGUCAUGAGGCGUUGGUUGGACCAUCCCUUCAGCCACAGGAAGCUGGAAGGGCAGCUGAUGCUGAAGGGCCUGCGUAUGCUCAGGGAGGAAUCCUAGCCAAGGUUGGAGAACGACCCUGGAGGUUGGUGCGGGGUCCUGGAGUCCGAGCUGGGGUCUUGGACUUCCAGUUGCCCAAGGCCAGAGAGAGCAACAUCCGGAUCUACAGCGAGAGCGCCCCCUCGUGGCUGAGCAGAGAAGACAUCCGCACAAUGCGCCUGUUGGCCGAUGGUGCAGUAGCGGGCCUUCAGCCUGUGUCCUCAAGAAGUGGUGCCCGCCUGCUGGUGCUGGAGGGGAGCACAGCUGGCUCACUGCCUCAUUGUGGCCCUAACCCCUGUGGCUUGCUCAAGCAGCCCUUGGACAUGAGUGAGGUGUUUGCCUUCCACCUGGACAGGAUCCUGGGACUCAACAGAACCCUGCCUUCUGUGAGCAGGAAAUCAGAGUUCAUCCGAGAUGGCCGCCCAUGCCCUGUCACUCUCUGGGACUCAUCUUUAUCUCCAGCAAGUAAUGAUACCCAUUCUUCAGUCAAGCUCACCUGGGGAACUUAUCAGCAGUUGCUGAAACAGAAGUGCUGGCUGAAUGGCCGGAUACCCAAACCUGAAUGGGGCUGCACUGAAAUCCAUCACCAUGAGUGGUCCAAGAUGGCGCUCUUUGACUUUUUGCUGCAGAUUUAUAAUCGCCUGGAUACAAAUUGCUGUGGAUUCAGACCACGCAAGGAAGAUGCCUGUGUACGGAAUGGAUUGAGGCCAAACUGCGAUGACCAAAAUUCUGCGACUCUAGCACACAUUAUCCAGAGAAAGCAUGACCCGAGGCAUUUGGUCUUUAUAGACAAUAAGGGUUUCUUUGACAGAAGUGAAGAUAACUUAAACUUCAAAUUGUUAGAAGGCAUCAAAGAGUUUCCUGAAUCUGCAGUUUCUGUUCUGAAGAGCCAGCAUUUACGGCAGAAACUCCUUCAGUCUCUGUUUCUUGAUAAGGUUUACUGGGAAAGUCAAGGUGGUAGACAAGGAAUUGAAAAGCUUAUUGAUGUAAUAGAACAGAGAGCCAAAAUUCUUAUUACCUACAUCAAUGCACAUGGGAUCAAAGUGUUACCUAUGAAUGAAUGACAUAAAGGACUCUGUCUAGGGUGCUAGAUGUGUUUAUGCAUUUUUGUUUGUUUUUAAAUCAAGAAUAUCAACCUCAAGUCCUUCUAGGAAUGAGACAGUAUAUAUGAAUAUAAUAACAUAAAUGAAUUUAACCAAGUAGAUAUGACAACUAUGAACACCAUUUGUAGACUUCAAAAGGUUUAAAAACACAUUCAACUCAAAAAUAUUCAUUGAUAUUUUUGAAUGACAUGACAAGUGUGUCUCAACACCUGGUUAUAGAAUAGUUCCAAUUAUUAUUCCAACUAGUUUGUAAAAGCACUUGUUAUGUCACUUAAUACAGCAGUAUUAACCAGAGGUACUGACUCCUUUAAUAAAACAUAUUUUAUGCCUUAGCUGACCAACUACUAAUGACUUAUCUGAUCAGCUACUAAUGGGAAUGAUUCUUGAGGUUCUUCUGUCGCUGAUUUUUAGACCACAGUCCUAGCACUGCCAAAGGCAAUUCUACAUUGGGAAAUUGAGGCAUGUGAUCUGUGAAAGCAGUCAAGGCUCUAAAUGUGUUCUAAAUAGAUUUGGUGGAUGAAUUACAAAACCACCGGUAUAUUUUUUACAGUUUCUAAAUAAUCAGCCAUCUCCAAGCAGUGAGAAUAGCAUUCUAUUGUUGUUUUAGAAAUUUACUUUGUUGUCAGUAUGGAAAUAUCUUAUCUAACCGUGUAUAUGUUAGUUAGCUUUGCUCUCUGUGUUGAUCCAAUUUAUGUCUAGUGUUUUAGAAAUUAAACAAUUUCUUUUUUUGUUUGUUUGUUUGUUUUUGUACUGGGGAUUGAACCCAGGGCUGCUUAACCACUGAGCCACAUCCCCAGUCCUUUUAAAUAUUUUAUUUAGAGACAGGGUCUCGCUAAGUUGUUUAGUGCCUCGCUGAGUUGCUGAGACUGGCUGUGAGCUCAUGAUCCUCCUGCCUCAGCCUCCAGGGCUGCUGGGAUUACAGGUGUGCACCACUGUGCCCUGGUGAAGUUAAACAAUUCUAAAGUCUGAAGUUACCUAUUGAAAAUAUAAUUAGUAUUUUUUUCAACAAAUGCUUUUUAAAACUUUGUCAUUUUACGAAGGAUAUAAUUUCUGUAUAUUUUAUUAAUAGUAGUGGUUUUUGUUCUAUGCAGUUAUAUUUAAUCUGAUCUAAUUGGUUUUGCCCAGAUAAGGACAAUAGGUCUAAAUACUGAGUGUGUUUAAAUUUAUUGUCUAGUUUAUUUCAGUAUGAGAAGUACAGGUAGAAUAAUUUAAAACUUGACUCUGAUCAGUUCUGCUCAAUGAGAGAAUACAACUACAAUCAAAACAAUGAAUUCGGACAAUAUUAACCCACAAUUAAUUACCCCCAAACUUCCUCUGAGAACUUUAUAAUGAGUUUGGAAGGUCUUGAACAUAAUCGUAUCCAUCUGUUGGAUCUUCAUGUUCUUGGAAAUUACCCAAGAUCAUCUUGUAUCAUAGGUACUCAUAAAAAGACUUCAAAUGUAGAACAAACCAUCAUUUCCCUCCCACUCUCACCCAUUCUGCUUAUUUAAAAGUUAAUUUACUGGCUGGGAUAUAAUUCAAUGGUAAAGCCCUUGCCCUGGGUUCCACAACAGCAAAAACAAAACAAACAAACAAAUGAAAACAGAAAACAAAGCAAGCAAAAUUUAAAAAGCAAAUAAAACUAGGGGUAAGUGUUAUUUCUUGAGUUUUUCUUUCCCUGAAUAUUGAAAAAUACAAAUUAUGAAUGUUCGUAAUAAAUUCUAUUGUCUCUUUCCUCAGUCCUGUCUGUUAUUGCUAAUAUGCAAGGCCUUUUCUGUGUUCUGAUCAAGGGUAACUCAAUAUCACUGUUAUUUAGAACCAUUAAAGGCAUUAAAUUACAGGUUGGAUUUUAAAAGAACAAAUAUAUAAAUUUUAAUUUAUAAAAACUUAUAGAGGAAAUUGUAAAAAUAGCAUGUUAAGUACAAGAGAAGAUGGACCAAGGAGAGAGCGUUCAUUUGAUUACCAAUUUAUAACUUGUCUACUCAACUUCAAUACUUAGUACUCUUAUUUGCUGCAUAUAUCUUCUGCAAGUUGAUCUUGGAUAAUUAUUCUCUGAUUUUCCCCAUAUGGCCUCUGUUGUCACAGAUUCAUAGUAUUUUUGGUCCAUUGAGUUCCCACUCUUCUCUGCUUUGCACCUUCUCUCAUAAAUCAUUCUCUUAAUGAAAAAUUAGCCUAACAAAAGUUUGGAGACUCAAAUUCUCUUUAAUUGAGCUCCUGAUGUGAAAUAACUGUUUUUUUUUUUUAUCUUGCAAGUUGCUUAUACCUAGUCUUAUCAAGGUAACAUAUUUGCAAAUAGGCUUUUUAAAAAAUAGAAUUUAUCAUCUUAAUCCACAUUUUUGUGAUACUGAGGAUAGGAACUGCAAGCUCCUUAGAAGCUGUCUUUAAUGUGGUCUUAAGCUACACUGCUGCUGGUUCUACUGUAUGUGAAUCUGACUAUAUUUGCCUUUAGUUAUUCUAAAAUACCUAAUACAAAGUGAAAGGUCCAAGAACAUAUUAUUUUAGCAACAUCAGAAUUUUAACAAUGUAUUGUGUUUUGUAAUCAGUGAAUAAUUCAUGAUGUAUUAUUUUUGAAUACUGGAUAGCUGAAGGUUAAAAUAGGUAACUUCUCUAAUUGAAACAAUGAGAACACUGUGCAUUUCAAAUCACUCAGAUUAUGCUGUAAUUUGGGCCUCACAAACAAUUAUGUAGUUUAUUUAUGACAUAACAAAUUUUAAAUAGAAUAAUUUUUCAUGGAAAACAUGCGAAAACUUACUCUGUGUGACUUUUUUCUUUAAGCUAAUGAAAUGAAAGCAAAUAUAUAUCAUAAAAAUCUGUAAUAAAACAUUAGAUAGUAAAAACGUGUGUUAUUUUUGGUAAGUGGGUUCAUUUUCUUUUUUGGAGAUGGGUAAGCUUUGGAACAUUUAAGUAUAGAAGUAUAGAAGAACAUUUGUUACCUCUAUCCACGAAUAAAGAAACAAUUGAAUAGUCAA